CCCCACCUUCGCUCGCUCGCUCGCUUCCGCUCUCCAUCUUGCUGCUCCCAAACCUCCCCAACCAGCCCAGCCCUAGGGUUUUCGCCGCCGCCGCCGCCGCCGCCGCCCAUGGCCGCCGCCCCGGACCGCGCCAAUGCCGACCUCCGCCGCCGCCUCGCCGUCGACACCCCUCCCCCGCCCCAGAUCGCCAAAGAGAAGCAAGGCCUGGAUACUGAAAUACCCCUUUCUCCUCAGUGGCUUAUGAAGGUGGGAGAAAACAAGGAUCCCAUUUCACAGGGUAUCUGCUCAGAUGUUUCAAAGACACCAGGGAAUGGUGAAGACCCGGGCUACAGUGCAAAGAAAAAGGAUGUUUUCAGGGCUUCUGUGCUUGAUGGUGAAACUGAGCGCCGUGACCGCUGGCGCGAUGACGAAAGGGAACCAAAUUCAACCCAUCGGUGGAGUCGCUGGAGGGAGAUAGAGAAGGAACAUGGUGAUACACACAAAGUGGAAAGAUGGUCAGAUGACUCCUCCAAGUAUUCUGUGGAUGGUCGUCGUGCUUCACAGGAGCGCUGGGGUGAUUCCAAUAAUAAGGAAGGCAACUAUGACCAACGCCGUGAGAACAAGUGGACUACACGAUGGGGUUCCAAUGAGAAGGAGUCUGAAAAUUGGCGUGAUAGGUGGGGAGAUUCAGGCAAAGAGGGUGAUGCUUCCCGUGAAAAAGGUUUCUCUCACUAUGCAGCACGUGGAAAGGAUGGAAACAAUUAUGAAAAGGAUGCCGAAAGGGAUGACAAUAUUUCUCGUUCAUGGAAAUCUAGUUAUCCUUUGGGCCGUGGGCGGGGAGAUUCGUCUCAUUAUCCCUCUCAGAUUCCACAGAAAUCACCUGCUACUUAUGGAUAUGGUAGAGGGAAGUCAGACAAUGAAAUUACAAAUUUUCCAAGCUCUCGUGUAAAGUUCACAUCUGGUACAGGUGCAAUCGGUAGUGGAUCUUCACGACCAUUCCAUCUUGGUCUACUUUCUGACAGACCUGGUGGUGCAUCAAGAGAUCGCUCGGCAUUCAGAUAUAGUAGGAUGAAAUUGCUUGACAUAUACAGGAGUUGUGAUGUCACUGACCUUAAGGUUCCUGUUGAUUGCUUUGAGGAAGUCUCUGUCUUCAUGCAAGAAGAUGCUUUGGAACCUUUAGCACUAUCUGCUCCUAUUGCUGAAGAAGCGGGCAUUUUAAAAGCAAUUGACAAAGGGGAUAUCGUAAACAGUGGUGUCCAUCAGGCUUCCAAAGAUGAUUCUGUUGGAAAAAGUAAUCCUGACGUUGUGCCAUCAAAACAUCCAAAUUCAGCUGGUAGAGAAGAUCAGCCAGGAGGCAUGGAAGAUUAUAAGGGAGAAACAUUUGGAAGUCUCAGGGGUGUUCCUGGGAAUACUGAUUUGCCAGCCAGAGAGGAGUCAUUGCGACCUGGGACAUCUACUUAUGUUGUUCCACAAAGAUCUCAGUUUAUUGGAGAACAUAGGCUUGGACCAUCUGCUGAGUUUGGGCAGCAAAUACCCAAUUUCUUAAAUCAAGAAACUAAAACAGGCAUGGUGGGUGCUGAUGACUUUGCCAGUCCGCAGCCUCAUCCUAGUCCGGAAAGCCUCUCUCUAUACUACAAAGAUCCACAAGGUCAAAUUCAAGGCCCUUUUUCUGGCGCCGACAUUAUUAACUGGUUUGAGGCUGGUUAUUUUGGUAUUGAUUUGCUAGUUCGUGUUGUGAACGCACCCCCUGAUACUCCUUUUUUAAUGCUUGGGGAUGUUAUGCCUCACCUACGAGCAAAGGCAAGGCCACCACCAGGGUUUGCCACUGCAAAGUCCAGUGAUAUGCUAGUUCCAGAGACUCCACCUUCGGGGAAGUUUGUCAGCUCCGGUAGCACGCGUGCAGGAUUAACUGGUGUUGGAAUAUUCGACAGUGGGCCAAAUAGGAAAGAUACUGCAGUUGUGGCUCAAAAUCGUUUUCUGGAGUCACUUAUGUCUAAUAAUGUGCACAAUCCUUCGGCAGACACUAUAUCUAUAACUGGAGGUAUGAAUGAACUUGGCAGUAGUAGCUUUGGCAACAUUGCUGUGGGCGGAGGCGAGAGUGGGAACGAUAUGAACUAUCUUUUGGCACAGAAAGGACUGUUGGAGAGGCAAAAUUCUUUGCAAAACCCUGUUCCCUAUUGGUCAGGAGAUGCUAUUCCAGUAGCACAAGCACAUAACAAGGAUAUUGCCCCAGAAGCAUCUACCCUACAUUCUAAAUUGCUCCCUCCGAUGGCUGAUCCAUCUUGCCAAUCUUUGCAAUCUCAGAAUGUUGAUUUGCUUGCCAUGCUACAUUCUAAGGAGAAGCCUCAAGUACCUACUGGUAAUUCUGGAUUACCGCUGUGGUCCAACUACCCUGAAGCAAGAAAUCUUAAUCCUAACGUGCAUGGUGUAGACCUCACUCAAGGGGCACUUAACGUGCGUCAAGAUCUGCAAAAUUCCCAGAACAUUGGUAUUGGUGUUCAACAACACAACUUCAUGCUGCAAAACCGACCAGCUUUGGUUCAUUUGCCACCGGAGAAGCUGCUUACUGAGAUAUCUCAGGAUCCACAGCUCUUAAAUAUGCUUCAGCAGCAGUAUCUGCUGUCACAACUGCAGUUGCAAUCACAGCCACCUUUGACACCUGAGCCUCAACUCUCUAUGUUGGACAAGAUGUUAUUGCUCAAGCAACAGCAGCAGCAGCAACAACUGCAACAGCAGCAGCAACAAUUGCAACAGCAGCUGCAGCUUGAGCAGCAAAAGAAGCUAUUGUUGCAGCAACAGCACCUACUUUCUCACAUGGUACCUCACGGACAUCGCAAUCAGCAGCCUGAUGAUCCUUAUGGUGAUUCUAUGAAUCUUGGUCUUCGAAGAAUGCAAGAGGCUAUUGAAGUUGAUCGGAAGUUGCCUGUCCAUGGUAUGCAGGUGGGGCAACAACCUAGUCAGUCAAUUAUGAAUAUGAGAGAUAUGGAUGGCGUAGGUUUAUCUCAAAGCUCUGUAACUACUCUGCCGGUGCCCCAUGAAACUGCUGUGGGUGCACUUUCAAAAGAAUGCUAUUCUCGUCCUCAGAUGCUCGAAGACUUUGCAAAUGACGAUGAACAAUUGAAAGCAACUAUGGUAAAUCCAAUGCUGACAAAAGUUGCAGAUAGGAAUGAGGAGGCUAAAUCUCGUGAAAUGGAUACUGGAGCAGCGAAAACUGGAAUGUCUGAAAAGAUUCUGGAUUCUGGAUCUACUGAGGUCCCAGGGGGUGCUUUUAGUGAAGCUAAGGAUUCACAUGAACCACCACUGGAUCCCAAGUCAGAAAAUUUAUUAUCUAAUAUUUCUAAACAGGUCCAAGAAAUGAAACUUUCUUCAGAAAAUACCCCUGCUGACAUUGGGACAACUGUGGUGACUGAAGUAAAAGACACUGAUACACACGAGACAAAGAAAGCAGAAAAGAAAAAGAAGCAAAAGAAAAAACAGUCUGCUGCAGAUGUUGGCAAAGGAACAUCAAAGACAGUUUCUACCCAACAGCCAAGGCAGGAAACUGAGGUUGAUAAUUCUGAUCUCGGUGGAAAUAAGCGUGAUAUACCAGAUGGUACAGAGGAACUGUUUUGGGGUUCACCUAUUAGAGUGCAGAAUGAGAUUUUACCCCUCAAAUGUUUCCCUGAGGAAUAUGACACUAACAAAGCUGAGAUGGAACUUUGUUCUCAAUCAUCUGAUCCUCAUACUGUGGCAAACCAGCGUGCGUGGAAACAACCUACCCAGGGACUCAGGCCUAAAUCACUGCUGGAAAUUCAGGCUGAGGAACAACUGCGUGCACAGAGAGGAUUGGCUAUGGAAAAUGCUAAGCCAGCAGCAGCUUCAGUACCUUCAAUUCCUUGGAAUGGCAUGGCAACAUCUUCUGAGCAUCAUUUUGGGGGUGCAAGUAAGUCAUUGGGAGUCAUGGAAAGUACUAGUGAAAGGAAUAAGAGAAGCCAGUUGCAUGAUUUGCUGGCAGAAGAAGUUUUGGCGAGGUCAAGCAUUGCAGAUAAUGAGAACAUAGGUAAUGCCAAUGAUGCAUUUUUUCCUCCUCUGUCGCCUGCUGCUGCUCAGGCUGAUGCUCCUGCUCUUGAUGAUAAUGAUUUCAUUGAGGCUAAGGACAAGAAGAACAAAAAGAAGGCAACGAAAACAAAAGGUUCUACUGUGAAAGCCCCAUCACCUGUUGGUUCCUUUGAUCCAUCAGCUAUUUCUAUGCCUACUGAAAAGGGAAAGUCAGUCAAGCAAGCACAAGAGUUAGAAAUAUUGCCGGCUCCGCCAAGUGGUCCAUCCUUUGGAGAUUUUGUUCUUUGGAAGAGUGAUCAGGCUAACUCUGUGCCUGCUCCAGCAUGGUCUAAUGACUCUUCAAAGGUGCAGAAACCUUUGUCUUUGAGAGAUAUUCAGAGAGAGGAAGAAAGGAGAUCUGGUGCUGUCAAGCAACAAGCACCCUCGUCAACUCCAGCAAAGGUGUCCAUGAACCAAAAAAAUCAUGGGAAUGCUUCUUCCUGGCAAGCUUCUGGAUUAUCUCCUUCAAAGACAGUUGCUCCUGUGCAAAUGAGUUCCAAUACUCCCAGUCGUUCCAAGUCAAGUGCUGAAGAUGAUUUGUUUUGGGGCCCUCCCGAGCACUCCAAACAAGAUAAGAAGCAGUCAGAGUUUCCAACUCUUUCAAGUCAGAGCAGAAGUUCCAUGAUGAAGGAUCAGUCUACAUCGAAUGUUCAGAAGUCACAGGCAGGCAGGUUGCCGCUUUCUUCUGCUCCUCUUGUCAACCAAUCCGGGAAAGGGAAAGCAAAGGCUGCAAACAAGCAGACAGAGGCAAUGGACUUCCGGGAUUGGUGCGAUAGUGAGUGGGUUAGGCUCACUGGAACAAAUGAUACAAGUUUCCUUGAGUUCUGCAUAAAGCAAUCGACUGUUGAAGCAGAAAUGCUCCUUCAGGAGAACAUUGGUUCUCUUGACCGCAACCAUGAGUUCAUCGACAAGUUCCUCAAUUACAAGGCCUUUCUGUCAGAAGAGGUGAUUGAGAUGGCAUUCCAAGCUCCCAGCACGCGUGGUACACGAGGUGACGGUGCAGCGCGUGCAAACUCUGCCGCUGCAGCCAAAGGAGGCAUGAGUGCAGAGAUGGAGCUGGAUAGUGGAGGGAAGAAGAAAGGGAAGAAGGGGAAGAAGGUGAGCGCAGCAGUUUUGGGGUUCAACGUAGUGAGCAACCGUAUAAUGAUGGGUGAGAUCCAGAAUGUCGAUUAGGACCGUGGUGAUGGGGCCAUGUACAUACCCUCUUCUUUUUUCUCCCUCGGGACAUCCAUCACCUCAUGACUCAUGUACGUACAUAGCUUACCCGUUACAUGCUUCGGCCUUGCUGCAUUUUCGCUCUCAUGGGAUGUUGGCGUGUCCCACAGUUAGUGCUCUCAAUGUAGCAGUUGCUUGACUUGAUUUUGCUUGAGAAUUGAGCUUACAUGCGCGGCCAUGUGGUGAUUUUGGUUCUUGUGACAUUUUGUUGAGACUUACUUUUUAGGUUCCUGUAACAGACAGAAGAUUUUGCUGUCAAUAGAAACUGAUUUCACCUGAGAAGAACCGAGAUGUGAGUUUGUUGCUGUUGUAGCUCAUACUAGUAUGGGAUUAACUUGUAGCAUGUGCAUAACAUGAUCUUUGAUUUGUGUGUUUAUAUGGUUUA